AUGUCCAACCCCUUACCAAAGGAACUUCCCUUCCGCAUUGUCUCCAAGACUGUUGGUCGAGGAGCCUAUGCCUCCAUCAAGAAGGCCAUUCCCCUAGAUGCCGCCAACCCUGUAUUUGCCGUCAAACUCAUCCACAAGGGCUAUGCUGUUAAACAUGGCCGAAUUUCAACAAAACAGCUCGCCAUGGAGGUUUCCCUGCACUCCCACAUAGGUCAACAUCCCAACAUCAUCGAGUGGUUUGCCUCGGGAGAGGACGCGGUAUGGCGUUGGAUAGCAAUGGAGUUUGCAGAGGGUGGGGAUCUCUUUGACAAGAUCGAAGCGGAUAUCGGAGUCCGAGAAGAUAUCGCUCAGCUGUACUUUACCCAACUUGUCAGCGGGGUGAGCUUCAUGCACUCCAAGGGCGUCGCUCAUCGAGACUUGAAGCCAGAGAAUAUCCUGCUUUCCUCAGAUGGUAGUUUGAAACUUGCAGACUUUGGCAUGGCAACCAUGUUCGAAUACAAGGGUCAGAGAAAGACAAGCUCUACCUUAUGUGGGAGUCCACCAUAUAUUGCACCCGAGAUUUUGGCCUGCGGCAGGGUCGAUAAGAAGAACGCCGGCAGUGGAAAGUAUUCAUCCGACUUGGUGGAUAUUUGGUCUUGUGGUGUCAUUCUAUUUGUUCUUCUCGUGGGAAACACCCCCUGGGACGAGCCGUCGUCGAAUAGCUGGGAGUUUAACGAGUAUGUCAAGACGUCAGGUCACAGUUCAGAUGCGCUCUGGGGGAGGAUACCCCAAGAAGCCCUGUCACUUCUGCGGGGGAUGAUGUCAAUAGAUCCCCAGAAGCGAUUUAGCUUCCGACAAGUACGGCAACAUCCGUGGUAUACACGGCAUAACUCUCUUUUGACUCCGGAUGGUAAAAUUACCGAUCCUAUCAACCUUGCCACACAGAUGCUAGAAAACCUUCGUAUCGACUUUACUCAGCUGCCAUCAGCAUCGCAACAGCAAUACCUUGCCGGCGGGGAUGAUAUGGAUGUCGACACAGGCCUCAACAGUGGCAAAUUUUCCUCAACACAGCCCGAAGUACCCAUCAUCGAUAGAGAUUGGGACUGGGAACGGCCCGUCCUGCGAUCCAUGGCUGCACCGGCCUCGUCACUGCCUUCCCAUGCCAGUGAUAGCCGCCGAAUGGUUCUUGAAACGCUUGCCGACGAGCCCUCCAUGUCGCAAUUCUCUCACACUCCUGGUCCAUCAAUGACACUCACCCAGCAGGCGCGUCGAUUCCGCGACAUUUGCCCUCCUGAGUCUUUAACACGGUUCUUCUCCCAUGUUCCUCCCACACAUCUGGUGCAGAUGCUUAGUGAUGCCCUCCACCAGUUAAAUGUGCCUCUUGCGCCAGUGACGCCAAACCUGUAUGGCAGUCCCAUGGCAAACUUGAAAGUGAAGGCUAUCGACGGCAGGCAACAGAACUUGCAUGGGGAGAUUCAAAUCGACAAGCAGCCAUUGCCCGAUGGGAGCGAGGUCUUGGACGUGCGCUUCGUCAAAGUCAAGGGAGAUCCCCUCGAAUGGCGUCGGUUCUUCAAGAAGAUCGUGGUUUUGUGUAAAGAUGGUGUUUAUGUUCCAGAGGUUUAG